AUGUGGGGACCCGGGGUCGCGGCGGAAGGCCUGUUGGUGGCGCCGGCACCGCCGCCGUUGCUGCCGUUGCUGCUCGCGCUGGCACUGGCGUUGGUGGCGCCCUCGCGGGGCGGCGGGGGCUGCGCGGAGCUGGCGUGCGGCGAACGGGAGCGUUGCUGCGACGCGGCCAACGCCACAGCGGUGCGCUGCUGCAAGCUACCGCUGCACGCCUUCCUCGAUAACGUGGGCUGGUUCGUCCGCAAGCUCUCAGGGCUGCUCAUCCUGCUAGUGCUCUUCGCCAUCGGCUACUUCCUGCAGCGCAUCAUCUGCCCCAGCCCCCGCAGGUACCCGCGCGGCCAGGCGCGACCAGGACAGCCGGGGGGUUCCGGGCCGCCGGGGGCUACGGGGCCACCCGACGACGACGACGACUCGCCCACGCUGCUGCGCGACGAGGCGGCCGCCGGCUCGCAGGACUCGCUGCUAGACAGCGGUAGCGGCCGCCGGGGUCGGGGAGGUGGGGGGCGCCCGACAGCAGCCUGCCCCUCUGAGCACGAGCUGCACGUUGUCUCGCCGGUCUUCAUGCAGCUGCCCAGCUACGAGGAGGUCAAGUACCUGCCUACCUAUGAGGAGUCCAUGCGCCUGCAGCAUCUAAGCCCUGGGGAGGUCGUGCUACCUGUAUCAGUGCUUGGCCACGCGCAAUGUGGCGGCCCUGGGGAAGCCGACGGCAGCGAGGGCCGCUUCCCGCUCAUUUGA